CACACACACACACACAGCGACGGAUCAUGGCUGCUCGGCACGGCAAGCAAUUGAUUACACUACUCUCGGCACGGAUAGGUAUUGUACAGAUACACGCUUGAAAGGAACACCAAGAAACGCUGUGGCUGGCCAGACUUAGUUGCCUAGUCCCCGGGAUUGAGCUCUGCCACCAUGGACUACGUGAGGACAUUUCUUCUGUCUGCCAGUCGGCCCACCUUACUUCCACUUCAACUUGAGUCGUGUCCCUUUUCCCGGGAAACCGUCCGUCCUCCUUGCAUAUAUAUCUUGCGAAGUUGGUCAAUCGCUUGCUCGCUCGCUCGCUCGCUCUCAGUAAGCAUCGGCUGCAACUGUCCUAUUCCCAUCGUCGUGUUCCCAGUGUUCGGCCUGCGAAGCAACCAAGAAAGAGAGAAAGAAGGAAGGAAAGAAAAAGGCUGGGGAAAACAUAGCACUGACUACUACUACUACUACUACUACGUACGACUAAACGGCAUACAUUCUCACACUGGCCGCCCAUUCAAACGUCCCAUUCCAUCUCAUCCCUCUUCAUCCGCCAUCGUAAGCUAUUCCUGUUACCUACCUAUAUCCAUUCAUCUACCCAUACGUCGUCGUCCCCCCGCCCCCCUGCAUUGCGCUUCUUUUUACCUUGCCCAAACGGAGGGAGGGUUUUCUCUCAUUCCUUCUUCCCCUCCUCUCAAACAUCUCGUCUCAUGUCAACCCAUAACAUUACCCCCGUCGCCUCGUCUUUUCUUGCGAGAGCAUGCAAAGGGGAAGAGGAAUAAAAAAACAUGCACCUUUCUUUUCUUUCUUGUUCUGUCCUAUCCGUAUUUCCCGCCCCAAAACCAAAAACUUGCAAACCCCUCCCCAAUCAUUGGUGAGAGAGGACGAGAUUACACACAGGGCGUACACCGCACACGCCUCACACACGCACAUACUCCGUACAUACACACACACACACACACACACACACACACACACACCGCAACAUUACCCACGGUCGUCGCGUCGCAGAGUCUUGCUCUUUUCCUGUAUGCUACUACACUAAACUCAUUCUCCUCCCCCGCGCCCGACAUCGUCAUCCUUGCCCGUUACACAAAGACCGCCGUCACAACCAAUCCAAUCCUGUUUCCGUCGUUGGGUGCGUGCUGGGAGCGAGACAUACCUACCAAUACCAGCCUGUGUGCCAAAGCCAAUUCCCACUCUUUCCAUUCGGCGUCCAGAAAAACCUCUGAGCUGGGAUACCGUCGCAACCGUCGUAGCCGUUGCGGCCGCCUCUUCUCUUGCCUCCCUCUUGCUGUGGCUUGCCUUGCGCCCACCGCUCACUCACUCACUCACUCACCCUCUCACUAGUUCUCCCUCCCACUCUCAGUCAAACCCCCCCCCCCCCUCCC